AUGACUGUCGUAGGAGUUUUGAUCAGGGCUUGCGAUGAUAGAACGAAUCGACUGGAAGAGUCCAAGAAUAUAUUUGAUACCAUUGUGAAUAAUAAUACAUUCAAGGGUAUUUCAAUAAUACUGUUUCUGAAAAAAACCGAUUUGCUGGAGCAGAAAGUAAGCAAUCCGGAGACUGAUAUACGCGGGUACUAUCCACAGUUUAGUGGCAAUCCACACUCGCUGCUAGAUGUCCAAAAUUUUAUAUUGCAAAUGUUCAUGAGUGUGAGGCGCAGCAGCAGCACCAGUCGUAUUUAUCAUCACUUUACCACUGCCAUAGACACGUGCAACAUCAAUGUGGUGUUCAACUCGGUAAAGGACACAAUACUGCAACGCAUUCUAAACCAAUUGAUGCUAUAA